UACUCAUAGUUGAUGGCAUAACGUUGUUCCAAAAUUGUUGGAAGAAAAAACGCGAAGAAUGUAUGGAGCGUAGUGUGCUGCCGAGGAACGCGUUGUUCUAGAAAGCUGAUUUUCGGUGUGAGUCGUUUUUCAAAGACGCAAAAUCCAUGUUCGCCAUUAUGGUUAAACAUAUUUUAUGGUAAUUUGUGAAUCACGGUAACUCUUUUGAGUAAGACUAGGGAAAAUCGGAGCAAAUUUAAUAGAAAGAAUGGCGGUGGGAUCAACAAAAGUGGUGCAAGUGACGAAUAUCGCGCCUCAAGCGACCAAAGAUCAAAUGCAGACCCUGUUUGGGUACCUUGGGAAAAUAGAGGAUAUCAGACUGUAUCCUACUAUAAGGGAUGUCGCGGUACCUGUCCAAUCACGUAUUUGUUACAUAAAAUUUCACGACCAAGGAUGUGUUGCAGUUGCUCAACACAUGACAAACACUGUGUUCAUUGAUCGUGCACUGAUUGUGAUUCCUUAUCAGAAUGGAGACAUUCCAGAUGAACAACGAGCUCUCGAGCUAACCAAUAACGGUACUGUUGUGCCAGGUCUGUACCCUUCAGAGCCAAAACUACCACCCAACUUUGUAAAUGCAAUCGAAGGAAUUCCUCCGAAUCAUGUGAUCUCCACCAUAGAUCCAAAACUAGAAGCGAAUGGUCUACCGCCUUAUCCUCAUUUACCUGGCCAUUUGGACAGCAGACGGAUCGAGGAGAUCAGAAGAACAUUGGUUCUUGCUAACUUAGAUCCCUCUGUGACAACGGACAACCUGUUAGAUUUCUUCAGUAAUAACAACGUAGAAGUAAAAUAUUUACGUAUAUGCACCAGAGAUUCGGACACUGAACAUUAUGCUUUGGUAGAACUAUCCGAGCAGGCAGCAGUUGUGUCUGCUUUACUUCUAAACGGAAAAAUGCUUCUGGAUAGAAGUAUAAAAAUUUAUCAUUCGACCCAAGCAAUAGCCAAACCCGAGGCGAAGAGUAACGAGGCGGCACAAAAGGAAAUAGAAGAAGCCAUGUCGCGAGUAAAAGAGGCACACAAUUUAAUUUCAGCUGCGAUAGAUCCUAUGAUUGGCAUGUUGUCCAAGGACAAACGUAGCCGCAGUGGUUCUCGCAGCAGGAAGUCUCGGUCGAGGUCAAGGGGUCGCAGCAGACGAUCCAGGUCACGCAAACGUUCGCGUUCUCGUCACAGACGUUCACGUUCGCGUCACCGACGCAGAUCACGAUCCCGAUCGAAACGUUCCCGGUCCAAAGAACGCAGACGGAAGUCUCCAUCGCGCAGAAGAAGCAGUUCCCGCGGUCGGCAUCGUUCACGCUCACGAUCUCGGCGAUCCCGAUCACGUAGAUCGCGAUCCAGGUCGAAAGACAGAAAGAAGAGAUCACCGCGUCGAAGGAGUCGGUCACGGUCGCGCAGCAAACGUUCGAAGUCGAAAUCCAGGCGGUCUAGAUCCAAGUCCAAAUCCAGAUCCUCCAAAUCCAAAUACUCUGAGAAGUCCAGGGACAAGGAUAAAGAGAGAAGAAGCAAAGACAAAUCGGAUAACGGCAAGAAGAACGACGGGGACAAGGCUGAUAAAGAGAAGAGCGAGAAGAAAUCGAGCAAAGAGAAGAAAUCCGAGAAGGAGUCGAAAUCCGACGAGAAAAGCAGAAACACGUCCGAGAAUAGCGAAAGUAAAGAGAAAACAGAGUCUGAAACUUAAGUACUGGCAGAACUACGGUCUAUACAAGAUUCACUUCGUUAAUUUAAUGUUGCGACGUACCGCGGUGCAUUGGUCAAUAAAGAAAUACAGGAACGCAAAAGUUUCAAUUUUUAAGAUGUAUGUAAAUACAUAAAAAAGAUAAUUGUAUCGUCAUUCCUGUAGUAACGUAAUAAUACACAGUUUUUUCAAACCAUUA